AGGAGUGGUCCCUCGUCGUGGAGCACCUCCGGCAGCUGGCGCGGCUGGUGGCCUUGGAGGGCCGCAUGCAGCCGGACGGGAAGGUCGCGGCGAGUCAGGGCAGGAACGCGGACUCUGGUGGCACCCUCUGGGACCAGGAGGCCCAGGAGCACGCCAUCCGAAUCCUCGUGGAGGAGGCCAAGGUGAACCUGUGCCUCCGCAUGAUCAGCGAAUUCAAGAAGUGGUCGUACGAUCCCACCAGGCAGAGCAGCGUCAAACACGGCGCGGCCGCCCUCGGGGUGCCGGAGUCGCAGGUGGAGGUCAUGUGCUCGCACUACGAGGAGACCUUGGGGCUGCUGCUGGAGCGCGCGUUUGAG